AGCGGUAGGGCCGCCGGGAACAUGGCGGAGAGGCUGGAAUGGGUGGAAAUCAUCGAGCCUCGAACCCGGGAGCGCAUGUACGCCAACCUCAUCACGGGGGAGUGCGUGUGGGACCCCCCCGCUGGGGUGCGGAUCAAACGCACGAAUGAAAACCAGUGGUGGGAGCUCUUCGACCCCAACACCUCCCGUUUCUACUACUACAAUGCCACCACGCAGAGGACAGUGUGGCACCGGCCGCAGAACUGCGAUAUCAUCCCUCUGGCCAAGCUGCAGACCCUGAAGCAGAACACGGAGUCGCCGAGGGCUUCCACGGAGAACAGCCCCGGGAGGAGCAGCAAUGUCAGCAGGGAGGGCAGCACCAGCUCCUCCCUGGAGCAGGAGCUGGAGGGCAGCGAGAAGGUGCAGGAGCAGAGGUCGAGCCGUCAGUCAACCCAGUACGCCAUAGUGAAAGAAGAAACGGAAAGUUCGUCGCCUUCCGGAGUGUUUGAGAAAGAAUAUGACAUUUAUCGGGAUUACAGUGCGGAAGGUCAACUCCUCCACUACAGGACGUCGUCCCUGCGAUGGAACGCCGGCACCAAGGAGCGGAUGCUGAUCAAGGUGACCGACCGCGAGCCCAGCUUCCUCAUGCACCAAGGCAACGGCUACGCGCCCGAAAACCAACCGGGCACCCGUUCGCGGCGACCCUCAGGGGGCCAACAGUCGCCCAACCUACAAACCUUCGCCCCCGACACCGACAACUCUGUUUUCUUCCCGGAGAGGAAGCAGUCACCCUUCUUGAAGAGGGCUGAGCACGUGGGCAGCUGCUCGCCGCUGCUCGGCCGGGGGGACUCCUUCUGCUCCCCACUCCAAGCCCAGCACCGCAAGCACUCCAGCGAGUCGCAACCCUCCUCGCCCCGCUACGCCUACGAGCCCCCGCUCUACGAGGAACCCCCUAUGGAGUACCAGGCUCCCAUCUAUGACGAACCUCCCGUGGACAUGCAGUACGAAGCCAGCGGGAGCUACAAAGCCGGCUCACCGCAGAAAUCGCCCAUCCGUAAACCUCACCCCUUCCUGCAAUCGCCCAAGCAAGGCUCCAACUCGCCCUACCAGCAGUUGGUGCUCACCAAACAGAAGUGUCCCGACCGGUUCAUGAGCCUGGAGUACAGCCCCGCCGGCAAGGAGUACGUCAGGCAACUGGUCUACGUCGAGCAGUCGGGCUCCAGCCCCAAGAUGAAGACGGGGUUGAGGCACAAAUAUUCCCCCAACCCCAUCGGCGGCUCCUACUCGCUGCAGCACAGCCCCUGCCUGGUCCGGGACCAACGCUUGGAGAUCAAAUCGGGUGACUACAGCAGCAUGGAGGGACCCGACUUCUGCCCUGGCCCAACGGGUGGCCAGGUGGCCCAGGGCGAGGACUCCAUGUCGUGGUCCAGCCAGCAGGACACCUUGUCCUCCACCGGCUACUCACCCUCCACCAGAAAGAGGAAAAGCCGAAAGCCUUCCCUAUCCCACGACCCCAACGCCUCCUCCACGGACGGCUCGGGGGACCGGGAGGUGUUGGGCGAGCAGAUGCUGGGUGAGGAACGAGCCACCCCGGGACCCAACAGGUCACCAAUGAACCGUACGGAGAGCAAGGCGGCAGAGGCGGAGGCGGCGCGGGGCUUCCCCGAGCCCUUCCUGGCACAGGCACGCCUGGCUUGGGAAGCCCAGCAAGCCCACUACCACAUGAAGCAACGGAGCAGCUGGGAUUCCCAAAAGGAUGGUUCGGGCUACGAGAGCGACGGUGCCCUCCCUUUGCCCAUGCCGGGUCCAGUGGUGCGAGCCUUCAGCGAGGAUGAGGCGUUGGCACAGCAGGAGAACAAGCACUGGAAGAGGAACACCUUCGAGAAGCUGGGCUUCCCCCAGAUCCUGCUGGAGAAGAGCGUCUCCGUGCAGACCAACCUGGCCUCCCCUGAGCCCUACCUGCAUCCGUCUCAGUCGGAGGAUCUCGGUGCCUGCGCCCAGUUCGAGAGCAGCAGACAGACCAGGAACAUGAUGCCUAGCGCCAGCUGUGUCUUCCCCACCUUCAACCUGCGGAAGCCCUCCUCGGAGACGGACAUUGAGAACUGGGCCUCCAAGCACUUCAACAAGCACACCCAAGGGCUCUUCCGCAGGAAGGUGUCCAUCGCCAACAUGCUGGCCUGGAGCAGCGAGUCCAUCAAGAAACCCAUGAUCAUGACCAACGACCGCAACGUCAAGAAAGAGGCGUGCGAGAUAUUUAAACUGAUUCAGAUGUACAUGGGGGAUCGGCGGGCCAAGACGGACCAGCUCAACGUGGCCUUGGAGAUCGCCACCAAAGGCUGGAGCAUGCAGGGUCUGAGAGACGAGCUCUACAUCCAGCUGUGCCGGCAGACCACCGAGAACUUCCGUUACGAGAGCCUGGCCCGGGGCUGGGAGCUCAUGGCCAUUUGUUUGGCCUUUUUCCCACCCACUCCCAAAUUUCAUUCCUACCUAGAAGGAUAUAUUUACAGGCACAUGGAUCCGGUGAAUGACACUAAAGUGACCCAGCACAUUAAAGAAAUCCUGGAAAGGACCAAUAAGAAGAAAUCCAAAUUGAGAAAGAAACCCAAGCCCUAUAUCGAAGAGCACGAUGGGGUGGCAAUAAGCACUUACGCCAAGUACUGCUACAACAAGCUGCAGAAGGCAGCUCUGACGGGAGCCAAGAAGGGCCUGAAGAAGCCGAACAUCGAGGAGAUUCGCCACGCCAAGAACGCCGUCUUCAACCCUUCCAUGUUCGGCAGCUCCCUGCAGGACAUCAUCAACAUGCAGAAGGAGCGGUACCCCGACCGGCAGCUGCCCUGGGUGCAGACCCGCCUCUCCGAGGAGGUCCUGGCGCUCAACGGGGACCAGACCGAGGGCAUCUUCAGAGUCCCCGGUGACAUCGAUGAGGUCAACGCCCUCAAGCUGCAGGUGGACCAGUGGAAGAUCCCCACCGGCUUGGAGGACCCCCACGUUCCCGCCUCCCUGCUGAAGCUCUGGUACCGGGAGCUGGAGGAGCCGCUGAUCCCCCACGAGUUUUACGAGCAGUGCAUCACCCACUACGAGAACCCCGAGGCGGCCAUCGCUGUCGUCCACUCUCUGCCCAGGAUCAACAAAAUGGUGCUGUGCUACCUCAUCCGCUUCCUACAGGUGUUCGUGCAGCCGGCCAACGUGGCCGUCACCAAGAUGGACGUCAAUAACCUGGCCAUGGUGAUGGCCCCCAACUGCCUGCGCUGCCAGUCGGACGACCCAACUCUCCAGAAAGAGAGUCAGAGACGAGACCCUAUGUCAAAGCCCGAGCGAGAGCCGCGAGAAACACUGGCCAAAUGCGCCUACGAUGCUAAACCGGACCGGUGGCAUCAAGCUUCUACGUCACGCACGCGGCGAGACGCGCUCGAUUGGCGCUAUGCCGAUAACUCGAGCCCGAUGAGGCGCGACAGAUGGCUACCGCGAUCGCGGUAG